AUGUCUGAGGGUACAGUAACAUCAUUAGAGAUUCUUGAUACAAAUCAAGGAAUGGGCAAUCGCGGAUCUAAAUCAGAUAGUCUUAUAUCUGUAAAAGAGCAACGAGUAGACGGUUCCUCAGUAUUUUUUAAAUACUGUAAGGUAUACUCUAGGUGCCUGAGAAAUUGGGUUUUUAUACAAUGA